UUGCUCAGUGCUGUUGGUGAACAGAAUGUCCCACUUGCGCUCCAGGUCAACUGCCGUGGUGUCGAGAAUGUUCUAGAAGUUGCAAAUAAGACUUUGGAUACAGUAGGAGUUCAAUACCUUAACUGUGAAAUGACACUGGCAUUGCUCAGUGCUGUUGGUGAACAGAAUGUCCCACUUGCUCUUCAAGUCAACUGCCGUGGUGUGGAGAAUGUUCUAGAAGUUGCAAAGAAACACAACCUAAAAAUUUUCAUCCCGUCGACAAUUGGCGCUUUCGGCCCAACGACCCCUCCAGAUAACGUCCCUGAUGUUACCAUACAGUGCCCCACUACCAUCUAUGGAGUUUCUAAGGUCUAUGCCGAACGCCUAGGUGAAUAUUACCAUCACCGAUUCGGAGUCGAUUUUCGAAGUCUCCGUUUCCCAGGAAUUAUCUCGGCUACAAAGCCUGGAGGUGGAACCACAGAUUAUGCCAUCCAGAUCUUCUACGACGCCCUAGAAAAAGGAAAACAUACCUGUUACCUAAAGCCUGACACUCGAUUACCGAUGAUGUACGAUACCGACUGCAUGGCUUCUGUAGUACAGUUCCUGUCGACUCCCGAGAAAUCUUUAACCCAUCGAGUGUACAAUGUCACUGGAUUCUCAUUCACUCCUGCUGAAAUUGCCAAAGCAAUCAAAAAGAAUUUGACCUAAUA